AUGUCAACACAAAAUACCGGUGACUCAGUUCCAUUAUCGACACCUAAACGUAAUAAUAAUAAUAAUUCCGAUAGUGACUCGGAUGUUAAUAAUGAACAUUUAAUUGGGAAUGUACAACGAGUUGCAAUAGUUCCACCAAAUUAUGAAGGAAAACCUAAAAAAGGUCAUUUAAUUUUUGAUGCUUCAUUUGAAUGUGGUAAUUUGGGUCGAGUGGAUUAUGUUAAUGAUAAUGAAUAUGAUUUAUUUAUUCGACCUGAUACAUGUGGUCCUCGUUUUCGAAGUUGGUUUUUAUUUACUGUCGAAAAUGUUAAAGCUGAUCAAAGAGUCAUCUUUCAUAUUGUAAAUUUUUCGAAAGCGAAAUCUUUAUAUCGUGAUGGUAUGACACCAUUAGUUAAAUCAACUAGUCGUAAACGAUGGCAACGUUUGCCCACUCGAAAUGUAUUUUAUUAUCGUUGUCCUGAUCAUAGAAAAAAUUAUGUUAUGUCAUUUACAUUUUGUUUUGAUCGCGAAGAUGAUGUCUAUCAAUUUGCAUAUUCAUUUCCAUAUACAUAUACAAAACUUCAAAAUUAUCUUGAUAAUAUUGAACAACGUCAAUUAGAUUAUGUUCAACGUCGACCGUUAGUUUAUAGUGUGCAAAAACGUCGACUUGAUCUAUUAACUAUAGCAAAUCCAGCGUUAUUAAGUAAAGGACAAAGAAAAAAAGUUGUUAUUAUAACAGCCCGUGUACAUCCUGGUGAAACUCCAUCGUCUUAUGUUUGUCAAGGUUUUAUUGAAUUUUUAAUAAGUGAUAAUCCAAUAGCGCAAUUACUUCGUGAUAAUAUUGUUUUUUAUAUCGUUCCUAUGCUUAAUCCUGAUGGAGUUUUUCUCGGCAAUCAACGAUGUUCAUUACUUGGUUUUGAUCUUAAUCGUGUUUGGAAUGAUCCAUCACAUUGGGCACAUCCCGAAAUCUAUGGAAUUAAAACACAUAUUAUGAAAUUAAAUGAAGAUGCUGAUAUUGAAUUAGAUUUUUUUAUUGAUAUUCAUGCACAUUCAACAAUGAUGAAUGGUUUUAUGUAUGGAAAUGUUUAUGAAGAUGCAAAUCGUUUUGAAAAACAUAAUUUUUUUCCACGUUUAUUAUCACGAAAUGCGGAAGAUUUUUCAAUAAAUAAUACAGCAUUCAAUCGUGAUGCAAUGAAAGCUGGAACAGGACGACGAACACUUGGUGGUUGUUUACAAGAAAGUACUCAUUGUUAUACAUUAGAAGUUUCAUUUUUUUCAUAUCAAACAUCAUCCAAUUCUCAAUCUAUACCAUAUACAGAAGACUUAUAUCAACUACUUGGAAGAAAUUUGGCUCGUACAUUUCUCGAUUAUUACAAGAGUAUUAAUUAUAUUUCAUGGUCUCCUAGUUGUAGUAUGAUGCCAAGAUUGAAAGAAGAUCGAAUUAGAUCACGGCUUUCACGACAAUCGCCUAAUAUAUCAAAUGUUAACCAGGAUGAAGCAUUUCUUAAUGGUGAAACAUUCAAUUUAAAUGUGGGAGAAAUGCUCUAUUCAGAAACACCCAACGAUAACGAACUGGAAUGA